GAGCCACUAGCCAGGGUCGGACGCGCAUCUCUCCAGAUACUCCGGGAGCUCCGGCCGGGCAGACAGUGCGCCCCAACCGCUCUGCCCCCAAACUUCAGCUCCAUCCGUUUUUCAAGCCAUCGAAUCUAUUCCUUGAAAUCAGAAACUAAACCGCGAUCCGAGGAAGGAGUCCGCGGAGGAAUAAAACAACAGCAGAGAAAGGGCUACAAAUACCAAUCUCCCUAGAGCCACAACUCCGCGUCAGAACUCCAGAAACCAACAAGUGAGAAGGCGCCGCGUUCCGGGGCGCAGCCGCGGGCGGCAGGAUCAGGCGCAGGAGGAGGAAGCGAGCGCCCUCGAGCCUCGAGCCCCAAGACCUCGCCGCGCUCGUUGCGGCUGCUGGGCUCCGGAUCCUUGUGCGCGUUCUGCGCCGAUCACCGGGCAGGAGCCUUCAUUUCACCCUGGUUGCGGCGGCUGUGAGCAGCUGGUCCCCGGGGAAUAUGCGGCGCGCGUGGAUCUUGCUCACCUUGGGCUUGGUGGCCUGCGUGUCGGCGGAAUCGUUUCCUGCCUCCCUAAAGCACCAUAGUGGGGACUUGGCACAUGACAUGGGCUCACCUGAGAAGCUCCAGACCAGAGGAUGUCCUAGCACAUACAUGAGAGCAGAGCUGACAUCUGAUAAAGACAUGUACCUUGACAACAGCUCUGUUGAAGAAGCUUCAGGAGUGUAUCCUAUUGAUGAUGAUGACUACGCGUCUGCCUCAGGCUCAGGAGCUGAUGAGGACGUAGAGAGGCCAGAGAUGACAACAUCUCGAACACUUCCAAAGAUACCGUUCACUAGUGUUGCCCCAAGAGUGGAAACCACGACAUUGAAAAUUCAGGACAAGAUACCUGCUCAGACAAAGUCAUACGAAGAAAUCGAUAAGGAGAAUGUUCAAGUGUCAGACUCAGAAAGGAAAAUGGAUCCAGCAGAAGAGGAUACAAAUGUGUAUACUGAGAAGCACUCAGACAAUCUGUUUAAACGAAAAGAAGUCCUGGCAGCUGUCAUUGCUGGUGGAGUUAUUGGCUUUCUCUUUGCAAUUUUCCUUAUCCUGCUGUUGGUGUAUCGCAUGAGAAAGAAGGAUGAAGGAAGCUAUGACCUCGGGGAACGCAAACCAUCCAGUGCUGCGUAUCAGAAGGCACCUACUAAGGAGUUCUAUGCAUAAAACUCCCACUUAGUGUCUCUAUUUAUGAGAUCACUGAACUUUUAAAAAUAAAGCUUUUGCAUAGAAUAAUGAAGAGCUUUGUUUUUUGUUUUUUCAUUAAAGAGCCAUUCUGGCACCUUAAUGAUAAAAUCCCAUUGUAUUUAAAUUUUUUCAUGUAUUUCUUUAGAACCACGUAAAAUUAAAACUUAACAUCUGCAGUGUUCUGUGAAUAGCAGUGGCAAAAUAUUAUGUUAUGAAAACCCUUGAUUUUCAUGGAAUCGUUUGAAACCUUAUGUGCAAAUACGAAGUCAUUGUUUUUAUCCUAAGGUUCGAGGAUAAAAGCUGUUUAAUUUUUGUCGGCAUGUCUCAGAUUGACCCUACCAAGCUGGUUGUCAUUAAUUUAUCUGUUGCUUCCCUCUUCUCUGUCCCCCUCCCUUUAUGUCCCCUUCAAAACAAAGCAAAACUCUAUGCCUUUUGUAGCUCUCAUGGUGCAAUUUGUCUUUGGAUAAUUCAGAUAAUGGUAAAUUUAGUGUAUAUGUGAUUUUCAAGUAUGUAAACUUUAACCUCCACUUUGUAUAAACUUUUAAGUGUCAGACUUUCCAUUUUACACUUGCUUUUUCAUUACCUGUAGCUUUGGGCAAAUUUGCAACAGCAAAUUAAUGUGUAAAAUUGGAUUAUUACCACAAAACUGUUUAGUCGUAUCUAUCUAAUCAGAUCUUCUUCUGGGAGGAUUUGAUGUGAGUUAACUGAGAAGCCUCAGCAAACCCAAAGAUGCUAACAGUAUUUUGAGAAGUUGCUACAGAUACCUUUGGCCACUGUAUUUGUUAAUUUCUUGCAAUUUGAAGGUACAAGUAGGGGUUUAAGGAAAAAUCAGUUUUUGUUCUUAAAAAUGCAUUUAAGUUGUAAACGUCUUUUUAAGCCUUUGAAGUGCCUAUGAUUCUAUGUAACUCGUCGCAGACUGGUGUUAAUGAGUAUAUAUAACAGUUUAAAAAAAAAGUUCAUAUUUUAUAAGCACAGACAAAUCUAAUGGUAACUUUUGUAGUCUUAUAAAUAGACAUAAAUUGUUAAUUUGGGAACAUAAAAACUACUGAAUAAAUCAUGUGGCCUAAUAUUGAAAA